AACUUGUCCCAUCUACUUGGUCUACUCGAAAACUUUUGCAGAGUUUGGCAAACUGUUUUUUUUUUGGGAAGGCGCAUGCGUCUGUCGUGUGGGAGCUCCUGCGCAACGGUCGGAACUUCGUUGCGUUGGAGGGCGAGGCGAGGAUGAUCGAUUACCUUAACGAGUUCGUGAAGACACGCAUGGCAGAUCCUCGCAAUUAUUGCUCUUUUGUGCAGACCACCGACGAACGGAACUGGGAUCCCAAAUGUGACAUGUAUUGGAAGUUGUCGGGGAACAAAAGGACGGAGGUUUGGGACUUCCUCUUCCAACCCAGACCGCCUGCUCAGACCAACCUCGAAUACAAUCGACGGAGAAACCUGGUGUUCGGUGUGCUUAAUGGUUACCACGAUGCACCCAGGGAGUCUGUCUCGAAUUUCCUGAGAAGGCUGGAGCACUUUUUCUUCUUGAUGGCUGAACCGCUCACCCUAAAAAACUACAAGGCGCAGUUUGACGAGGAGGACCCUUUCGACGCUGAAGACAUGGAGGAGCUGAGCGACUCCGAAACGUUCGGUUUGGAGUCCAUGCCACUUCCUCGGGUGGUUGGACAGGUUGGUGAUGAAGGGGAAGGUGCUCCUCAGAGAUAUAGCACUUCCCCUGCCGGUUUGAAGCGUGUGUUUGAGCGCGAAACAGUCGAUGACCAAUCGUCUGAUGACGGGGAGGAAGAAAGAGAGUAUGAUUACGAACCUUGUGACAAGCUCCCUGGGGACCAUGAUACCCGGGAGAAUGACAGACUCUUCUUCUUCGGGAAGCAUCACCGGUUCACGUCGGAGGAUGUUUGGGGCCACAAUGUCGUCUGGCACCCAAGGAUAUUCCAACCUGCUGUAAAGAUUGGAAAGGGGGUCAUGGCAAUGAAGGAAGCCGAUGGCAAGUGGAGUGGCAUGAACAGACUGGGAGCGGGUCCAUUUAAGAAAAAGCUGAGCGAUGCUCUGGUGGAGCAUUUGAGUGUUAUGAACCCCGAAAGGAGCUUCUCGGACGUCACGUCGUAUGCAGGCCAGAAGCUCCACGAGCUGUACAAUGACAAAAUGUUGGAGUUUCGAGCGCCUUUCUACGCACUCGAAACAGCACCGCCUCGUGGCAUUGACUGGCGCAUGCCGCAACCUCCGUCAGGCGGUCAGCAUCUGGAAAGCGGUGGAGGAGGAGACGAAGGAGACGGCGGAGGUGAUGGAGGAGACGACUCAGGAUUUGCCGAAAAGGGGUUGGGCGAAACAUCGUCGGGAGAAAAGGCGUCGGGUGGAAAGGGGUCAGGCGGGAAGGGGUCGGGCGGAAAGGGGUUGGCUGGAAAGGGGUCGGGCGGGAAGGGAUCGGGGGGGAAAGGGUCAGGAGGAAAGGGGUUGGGCAGAAAGCAUAGAACGUCUGGGAGUCCCAAGUAUAGGGAAACUGACAGCCACUGCGUAGCGAGUCGGGAUUCCGACAUGCGAGAUGUGGCCGCCCUGAGGUCUAAUCAAGUGCGAGUAGAUUCGCACUUGUCUGCGAGGACUUUCUUUCCCGAUGUCGAGGAGAGUUCGUCCCGCCGUGCGCAGCAGAGGUCUCCUGUCCACAACACAUUGCUCCUAGAAGAGGGAGAACAUCUGCAGCAUUCAGCAGCAUCUGCUGAGCGGAGGAACCAUUCCUUGAUAGGAACUGCAUCUUCGUUUUGCCUGGAGGCCGGUAUGCCUGCAUUGCGAAGGAGCGAAGGUGCGACCGUCAGUUUCCUCAGCUCCGGCGAGCGCCACAAACACCGAAUAGAUUCGGAGUUGCGAAGGAGCGAAGGUACGACCGCCAGUUCCCUCAGCUCCGGCGAGCACCACAAACACCGAAUAGAUUCGGAGUUGUUGACGUCGCCCUGGAGGCCUUCCGCCAGAAGUGCUCCUCAUCCUACGUCUCGAGUAGUGUUGGAGGGGCCCGCUGCAGGAGUGUUGGAGACCAGGGGUGGCGAGUAUGAACGUCGUGCUUCGGAGGGUGUAUCCGUCGACGUCGAGAGCAAGAGUGCAGCGGCUCCCGGGGAAGAGGAGCUCUAUGCGGGAGCGCAUGCUGUACAGCGGGAAGAGAAGACUCAACACUGGCAGUCUCGCAAAGUGUUGGAGACCGGGGGUAGCGAGUAUGAACGUCAUGCUUCGGAGGGUGCAUCCGUGGACUCUGACAGCAAGAUUACAGCAGCUCCGGGGGAAACGCAUGCUCUGCAGCGGGAAGAGGAGACUUAACACUGGCCGGCUCGCGAAGUCAAGGGGCCCGACGCAUGAGUGCUGGUGACCGGGACGUCCGAAGAGGUUUUGCACAGU